AUGAUGGAGAUUUUAAGUCCCUUAGUUUAUUUUCUCUCCAGUUACUUCCUUACCUUCAUCCUCCUCUUCAGAAUGCCAACAUUGACCUCAGGGCAGUUCUCAGUAAUUGGACCUGCAGGACCCAUCCAGGCCUCACUUGGGGGAGAAGCAGAGUUAACAUGUUACCUGUCCCCACCCCAGAGUGCUCAGCACAUGGAGGUGAUCUGGUUCCAAUCCACUCGCAUGGUACAUCUCUAUCGAGAUGGGCAAGACAAGUUUGAAGACCAGGCCCCUGAUUACCGAGGGAGGACAGAGCUGGUAGAUGCUAUCACAAAUGGGAAUGUCACCCUAAAGAUACGGGAUGUGAAGUACUUGGAUGCAGGAUGGUACAAGUGUCUCAUUGAAGAUGAUUUUCACCAAGAGGAAGCUGACAUGGAGCUAAAGGUCUUAAGUGAAGAAUCUGAGCCAAAGAUUUCGACAACAUAUUUAUGGAUCCUGUUUCUGGUGUCUUUACUUAUGCUAUUAGUGUUUAUUCUAAUGCAAGUAUCCCAUUUCAGGUCAGUUCCCUGGAUGAAAUACAUUAAUAGGAGCCUGAUUCUGAUAUAUACAUUGGAAUUUGAAAUGAUCAUUUGUGCCAUCUGGAUACAUCAGAGAUGUGUAGUGUGCCCUGAUCCUGAGUGUGCCACACUUCCUUUGCAGUCUAGAGCCUGA